AUGCGUUCCGAGCCGCAGCUUCGUUCCACCAAGGAGUCUGUAAACCUGGCAAGAAGGCAUGCUGCCGUCCUGGUGGCCCUCUUGAUCGUAGUGAUGGGUGUAAUUGUGGCCUUUGCGCAAAAGACAUUUCUGUUGGAAAAGCAGAACGCAGAUCUGAAAUCACUGGUCCAAGAGUUGUCAAAGCGCAUGGACAAAGCAACAUUCUCGACGGUGGAAAUCUGGCAGCAGCAAAUGACCCACAAGCUGGCAACGGAACAUGAAAACUUCAAGAAACACCAGAAGGCUACAGACAAGCUCGCUACUAAAGCGGAACGGUUGGUGGAGGCGAAUAGAGAUCUCACAGUUGUCGUGGCCGAUAUUGGCAAACGAGUGAGCUCCUUGACCGGGCAGAUGCAUGGUGUGACUGAACGGGUGAAUUCCUUUGCCGAACAACUGCGCCAAUUGAUGCGCCUUCUAGGAUGGAACCUCUGGUAG